CCAGUUCUGAAACGAAGCCCCGACAUCACCAAAUCGCCACUGACAAAGUCAGAGCAGCUUCUGCGGAUAGAUGACCAUGAUUUCAGCAUGAGGCCCGGCUUCGGAGGUCCGGCCAUUCCUGUUGGCGUGGACGUGCAGGUGGAAAGCUUGGACAGCAUCUCAGAAGUCGAUAUGGACUUCACCAUGACCCUCUACCUGAGGCACUAUUGGAAGGACGAGAGGCUGUCCUUCCCCAGCACCAACAACCUCAGCAUGACGUUUGACGGGCGGCUGGUGAAGAAGAUCUGGGUCCCCGACAUGUUUUUUGUGCACUCCAAGCGCUCCUUCAUCCACGACACCACCACGGAGAACGUCAUGCUGCGGGUCCAGCCCGACGGGAAAGUGCUCUACAGCCUCAGGGUCACAGUGACCGCAAUGUGCAAUAUGGACUUCAGCAGGUUUCCCCUGGACACACAAACCUGCUCGCUUGAAAUUGAAAGCUAUGCGUAUACAGAAGAUGACCUGAUGCUGUACUGGAAGAAAGGCAAUGACUCGUUAAAGACAGACGAGCGGAUCUCACUCUCCCAGUUCCUCAUUCAAGAAUUCCACACCACCACUAAGCUGGCCUUCUACAGCAGCACAGGCUGGUACAACCGUCUGUACAUUAACUUCACGUUGCGUCGCCACAUCUUCUUCUUCUUGCUCCAGACCUACUUCCCUGCCACCCUGAUGGUCAUGCUGUCCUGGGUGUCCUUCUGGAUCGACCGCAGAGCUGUGCCUGCCAGAGUCCCCUUAGGUAUCACCACGGUGCUGACCAUGUCCACCAUCAUCACGGGCGUGAACGCCUCCAUGCCCCGCGUCUCCUACAUCAAGGCCGUGGACAUCUACCUCUGGGUCAGCUUUGUGUUCGUGUUCCUCUCGGUGCUGGAGUACGCGGCCGUCAACUACCUGACCACCGUGCAGGAGCGGAAGGAGCGGAAGCUGCGGGAGAAGUUUCCCUGCACCUGUGGACUGCCUCAGCCACGCGCUGUCAUGCUGGACGGCAGCUACAGCGACGUGGAGGUGAAUGACCUGGGCAACUACACGCCGGAGAAUGGCGAGAAGCCAGACAGGAUGAUGGUGCAGCUCACACUGGCCACCGAGAGGAGCUCCCCGCGGAGGAAAAGUCGGAGGAGCAGCUACGUGAGCAUGAGGAUCGACACCCACGCCAUCGAUAAAUACUCCAGGAUCAUUUUUCCAGCAGCGUACAUUUUAUUCAAUUUAAUAUACUGGUCAAUUUUCUCAUAGAUGCCUGUAAUCCUAUAA